ACGUGGAAUGCCCAGCUGUUCUGUUGUCACUAGCGAGCGACAACACAAAAUCACGAAAAUUGCCGUGCAAUUAAAAUAUCAUACACUUUGAAAUAACAAGGCCUAUUUCGUCAGCUUCCUUGCAGUUUAGAUUGUUUUUCUGCAAAACAAUAUGGCUGCUAGCAGUGAUAGGAAGGGCACCUUUAAAGUCGAAUACUUGCAGAAGAUUGAGAAGGACGUUCAGGAGAGAUGGGAAAAGGAGAAAAUAAAUGAGACGGACGCUCCAGAAAAACCAAAGAAGAGCAAUGAUGAGAAAUUUUUUGCCACCUUCCCGUACCCUUAUAUGAACGGGCGGCUUCACUUGGGACACACGUUUUCAAUGUCGAAAUGCGAGUUUGCCGUUCGCUUCCAAAGAAUGCUUGGCAAAAGAGUUCUUUUCCCCUUUGGCCUUCACUGCACAGGAAUGCCCAUCAAGGCCUGUGCAGACAAGCUUAAAAGGGAAAUGGAAACAUAUGGCUACCCUCCUGUGUUCCCCACUGAGGAGGUGGCUGUUGAGAUAGUUGAGUCAUUGGAGCCAGUAAUCAAAGACAAGAGCAAGGGAAAGAAGAGCAAAGUUCUUGCUAAAGCUGGAACAGCUAAAUUCCAAUGGCAAAUCAUGAAGAGUCUUGGCCUCAAAGAUGAGGAAAUUAAGGAGUUUGCAGACCCCCAGCACUGGCUCCAGUACUUCCCACCACUUGCUGUCAGCGACCUCAAAUCCAUCGGAGUUCACGUGGAUUGGAGGAGAACAUUCAUCACAACCGAUGCUAACCCAUUCUACGACUCAUUUGUGAGAUGGCAAUUCAUUCGCCUGAAAGAGAAGGGAAAAAUCCAAUACGGAAAGAGAUACACCAUCUUUUCACCCAGAGAUGGCCAGCCAUGCAUGGACCACGAUCGCAGUUCUGGUGAGGGCGUUGGUCCCCAGGAGUACACUCUGAUCAAGAUGAAGGUCCAGGAGCCUUAUCCAGAGAAGCUGAAAUCUAUCUCCAAGUACCCCAUCUUCCUGGUUGCCGCAACUUUGCGUCCAGAAACCAUGUAUGGACAGACAAACUGCUGGGUGCGCCCGGACAUGAAGUACAUCGCUAGUCUGUCCAAAGAUGGUGAAGUUCUUAUCAGCACUGAGAGGGCUGCUCGCAACAUGGCCUAUCAAGGCUUUUUUGAAAAGGACGGACAGAUUAAUUUGAAGCUGCAUCUUACUGGACAGGAUAUUCUUGGCGCUGGUUUGACAGCCCCACUGACGUCCCUGAAAACCAUCUAUGCCUUGCCCAUGCUGACUAUCAAAGAGGACAAGGGCACAGGGGUGGUCACUAGCGUUCCUUCUGACUCCCCCGAUGACUAUGCUGCACUGCAAGACCUGAAAAAGAAGCAGCCAUUGAGGGAGAAGUACGGCAUCAAAGAUGAAAUGGUGCUUCCUUUCGAACCAAUCGCCAUUAUUGAUGUUCCUGAAAUUGGCACCCUUAGUGCUGUAUCAGUGUAUAACGAGUUCAAAAUUCAGAGUCAAAACGACACAGAAAAAUUGCAGACCGCCAAGGCAAAGGUCUACUUGAAAGGAUUCUAUGAUGGAGUCAUGCUAGACGGGGAAUUCAAGGGCAAGAAAGUGCAAGAUAUCAAGAAGCUAGUCCAGAAAAAACUAGUGGACAGCAAAGAAGCUUUCAUCUACAUGGAGCCAGAAAAAUUGAUCAUGUCACGAUCUGGUGAAGAGUGCGUAGUAGCUCAUUGUGACCAGUGGUAUUUGAAUUAUGGAGAGGAAAAGUGGCAAGCUCAGGCAUUGAAGGCUCUGGAAGGUGUCAACACUUUCCAUGAUGAAGUCAGGAACAAUUUCCAGACCACUUUGAACUGGCUUCAUGAGUAUGCCUGCUCAAGAACGUAUGGCUUAGGCACCAAGCUUCCCUGGGAUGAACAAUGGCUCAUCGAGUCCCUUUCUGACUCCACCAUCUACAUGGCAUACUACACUGUUGCCCAUUUCCUUCAAGGAGGAACUUUCACUGGGAGGGAUGGAAACAAAUACAACAUUAAACCUGAGCAAAUGACUCCAGAAGUUUGGGACUACAUUUUCUUUAAGAAGGCCAAGAAGCCAAAGAGCACUAUUCCUGCUGGAACACUGGAUGCCAUGAAAAAGGAGUUUGAAUUCUGGUAUCCUAUGGAUCUCCGCUGCUCUGGCAAAGACUUGAUCCAAAACCAUCUCACUUACCUUAUUUACAUCCAUUGUGCUAUGUGGGCGGAUGACAAAAGCAAGUGGCCAAAGGGAAUCCGCGCCAAUGGGCAUCUGCUGCUCAACUCUGCCAAAAUGUCCAAAUCUGAGGGGAAUUUCUUGACUCUGGCUGAAGCAGUUCAGAAGUUCUCAGCAGAUGGCAUGCGACUGUGCCUUGCUGACUCCGGCGAUUCGGUGGAGGAUGCAAAUUUCGUUGAGAGCACUGCUGACGCUGGAAUUCUUCGUCUAUACGCUUUCAUUGAGUGGGUGAAAGAGGUGCUGGCCAACAAAUCUACCCUCAGAACUGGUAAAGCUGACACUUUCAAUGAUCAAGUUUUUUCGAGCGAACUGAACUUAAAAAUUCAGGAAACCAAGGAGAACUAUCAGAACAUGCUUUUCAAGGAAGCCCUCCGAACUGGAUUCUUUGAACUGCAGGCUGCAAGAGACAAGUACAGGGAACUCAGUUCUGAUGGCAUGCAUGCCAACUUGAUCAUCAGAUUCAUUGAAGUACAGGCCCUGCUGCUCUCUCCGAUCUGCCCACAUGUUGCCGAGCAUGUCUGGCAGCUGCUUGGAAAGGCUUCCAGCAUUGUGAAAGCCAAUUGGCCAGAAGCUGGAGAAGUCAACUUGACUAAAGUAAAAGCGUCAAUCUACUUAAUGGACACGGCCCAUGCUUUCCGCCUGCAUCUGAAGAGCUACAUGCACCAGUUGCAGAAACCAAGGAAAGGAGCUGAUCCAGUGGAAAAAGCCGAAAAACCAACUAAAGGAGUGGUUUGGGUGGCCAAAACCUUCCCUCCUUGGCAGAGUGCUGUCUUAACAACAAUGAAAAAGCUGCAUAAUGAGCACAAAGGUCUUCCUGACAACAAGGUGGUAUCUAGCACUCUGGGUGCCCUCCCAGAGCUGAAGAAGUACAUGAAGAGAGUGAUGCCUUUUGCACAAGCAGCCAGAGAAAAGAUGGAGAAAAUAGGCGUCGAGGCCUUCGACCUGACCCUGGACUUCAGUGAGCAAGAAGUCAUAACCACUCAUCAGGUCUACUUGGCUAGCACGCUGGAGUUGGAAAACUUAGAGGUUCAGUACACAGAUAGCGCCCCAGACAAAAUCAAGGAAGACUGCUGCCCAGGUCAGCCCUUCAUCACCUUCUCCACCGAGCCUUACGUUACUGUCAAGGCUAUCAAUCCAGUGCCUGCAAGUGGCUUUUACACAGAACAUUUGAAGAUUAUGCACGGUGACAAUGUCAGCAAACUGGCAGCAAGACUUGCUAAAUCUUGCAGGGCAGUCAAAGAUCCAAGAGCUGUGGAAUUCUGGAGGUAUGAAGAUACUGAACUUGGACCCAGGAAAAUGCCUGAAUUUGGGAAACCUCUGUCAGGGAAGGUGUUGAUAGAGCCUAAUUCAGAAUUCAGAAUCAACGAAGAUUCCAAAGAUGUCUCAAUUUUGGUGGGGAAGGAAACUUACCAAAUUGGCUCUCAAAUUAUUUAUAUGGUUAAAUGACUUCUCAUUUGAGCAAUAAAACAGUGCACUACCUAGUGACUUUUCAAAAUUAACAAAGACAGAA